CUGACGUAGAACUCAGCCAAGAGAAAAGCCGUGACCGGACGGCACUGGCUGUCAGUUGAGGGCCAGUUGGUGCCACGCCGAGACCGGCAUUUGUUUAUCAUGGGAGGCAAAUUCUGGCAACACUGCGUUCUGACGCUCGCUCUUGUGGUGGGCGCGUGCUGGGGCCACGGGCGGCUGGUGGACCCCCCCUCGCGGGCGUCUGCCUGGAGAUUCGGCUAUGAUGUGCCCAUCGACUACAAUGACAACGAGGGCUUCUGCGGGGGCUUGCCUCACCAGUACCAGAACCAGGGCGGGCGCUGCGGCAUCUGCGGCGACGCGUGGGACGAAAACCCGCGGCCGCACGAGGCCGGCGGGAAGUACGCCACCGGGACGAUCGUGCGCACGUACACGGAGGGCCAGACGAUCACCGUGCGCGUCGACCUCACUACCAAUCACCGCGGCCACUUCGAGUUCCGCAUCUGCCCCAACAACAACCCGAGCGUCGAGGCGUCGCAGACCUGCCUCGACGAGCACCCUCUGUUCAAGGCUGACGGCUCAGGCUUCGAGCACGAUAUCAGCACCAGCGGAGAGCAAGCGGUGCAGCUGCAGCUGCCCCGGGGACUUACGUGUACGCACUGUGUCAUGCAGUGGCGCUGGGUGACAGGAAACAAAUGGGGCUACUGCGAGGAUGGCACCGAGGCGGUCGGAUGCGGACCCCAAGAGGAGUUCCGCGCAUGCGCUGACGUGGCGGUGGUUGCGCAGUCAACAUGGUCCAGCGCCGGCUUCACCAGCGCGGCGAACGCGACCAGCCAGGUUAGUGAGUCGGUGACGAGCAGCUACAGCUGGUACUCUACGCCCGACCCGAUCACGCUGAGCCCGACUAUGAAGCCGCCCCGGCCGCCCACAACGACCUGGCGCCCAACGUCCACCAGAAGGACCACCAGAACGCACACUAGAAGGACCACGAGCCCCGAUGCCCACCGCAACGCCCGCUCAGCUCAAGUCCACGCCCGCGCCUACCGCUUGCAGAGCCGUGGGCCCCUGGUAGGACAUACCCGGAAUGGACAAAUGGUGCAACACUAAUUGCUUGAACACGCCUCCCUUCUGCACCUCCUCCCACUGCUUGUGCGACUAACGACCCUUUCGACAGCGGGUCAUUAUGGCGGCGACGCAGGAAACCCUUCACUAGUCACGGAUGAGGGUAAGGCGCCUACCUAGACGGGGAAGGGCCAGAGGGAAGGUUCUCGCUCGCCUCUCCGGUGACUCUCGAGGCUAAUCGUGUUGAAAUCAUGACUGGAACAGCGACUCCAUUUGCCAUCUCACUCCAAGGAUAUAACCGUGUUUUUUUUUAACCCAAAAAGCUGGCAGCUAGAAACGCUACGAAAUGUGCCGUGGUUAUUGGUCUUCUAAAUGCCAAUGAUGUAUUUCUUGAUUACUAUAUUGGACAUUAUAAGCACUUUGAUUGUUUUGCUUUAAGUGUGAUUGCAGGGACUCACUUCCUUUAUUGUUAUCUGCUGGGAUCUGCUAAUAUGCUUGAGUGUGUUAAUUUAUAUAAGUUAGUGUGUGAUUAUCUAUUUUUGGGUUAGUGCAAUUCGCGUGCAGCUUAGUUAUGGGAAACCUAUUUAUGCCAUAACGUGAAAGAUGGCUCUGCUCUUGGAUAAGCGAGUCUUAAUUAUCGUAUAACCACUAUUGGUAUUUGGAAGUAUAAGAAACAAAUGAAUGGUUUG